CGCUGCCAUCGGCCUCUCCUUCCUCGGCCAUGUCGACACCUAAAAAAUCCAAGGCAUCCAAGAAAUCGUCGGGUGACGGCAAGCAGCGGCCGACCCCGACCAAGACUCCGUCGGGCAAGUCGUCGCGGCAGCCCUCGGAGCACAUCCCGGAGCCCAUCGAGAAGCUGCCUCCGGUCCCGAUCGAGCGAUUCCUGGUCGAGCCAAGCACUGCUGUCCAUGAAAAUGCCCGACCACACCAUUUGAGGGUCUAUGUGCACGCCAGAGACAUGGCCGCUCUUGGUCUAGCUGCUGGCCAGCUGGUGCAGCUCACCAAGGACGACCCGAUCAAGGAUGCAAAGAAUAUCGUCGCCAUCAGCUGGCCAUCAUCUGCACCAGCCCGAGGACAGAUCCAGAUCGGUAAUCUAUUGCGCCAGAACGGCGGGCUGGAGCUGGGCUCCUAUGCCACAAUUGCUCCUUUCCUCGGCUCGAUAUGGCCGUGCGAGCGACUCUCGAUCCAGCCCACGGCCGAUAUUGGCAUCUCUUUGGACGAAGCCUUUCUCGUCUAUGCCAAAGAAAUCAUGGUCGAUCUGAAGUAUAUCCAAGACGAAACUCUGGUCGAGAUCCUGUACUAUGGGAAGCACCGACAGUUCCGAGUCCGAGUGCUCGGUCGGCCCCACAACCAACCCGAAUCCGACAUUGUCGUCUUUCACGUCGCUCGAUCGACGACGCUCGUUCUGGUGCCCUUUUCACAGCCGGUCAAAGCAGAAGACUCAAGCACCCGCAUUUCAUACGAUACAAUCGGUGGACUCUCGGACCAGAUCAAGAUUGUGCGGGAGAUGGUAGAGGGCCCGCUGCACAGCCCUGAAAAGUACACCGCCAUCGGGCUGAAACCUCCCCGAGGGCUUCUACUCUUUGGACCGCCUGGCACUGGAAAGACACUCAUUGCCCGGGCCGUGGCUGCUGAAACAGGAGCACACUCUAUCGUUGUGAACGGUCCAGAGAUUAUCAGCAAGUUUUAUGGCGAAACCGAGGCCAAGCUGCGAGCAGUAUUCGAAGAGGCUGUCGAUCGCGCUCCCUCAAUUGUCUUUAUCGAUGAGAUCGAUGCCCUGUGUCCCAAUCGCGAGGAGUCCUCCUCGGAGCUGGAGAAGCGCGUGGUUGGCACCAUGCUGACCCUCAUGGACGGAGCAUCGACCUCAGCAGAAGGCGACCGCGUCGUAGUCAUUGGGGCCACCAACCGGCCCAAUGCUCUGGACUCUGCACUCAGACGACCCGGGCGCUUUGACCGCGAGAUCGAAAUCGGCAUCCCAAAUGCUCAACAUCGCCACGAGAUCCUGCAGGCUUUACUGCGACGCAUCCCGCACGACCUAACCGAUAAUCAGCUCCGAGAAAUCGCCGACGUGACCCACGGCUAUGUUGGGGCCGAUCUGGCGGCCGUCCUGAAGGAAGCCGGCCUCAAGGCUAUCCAGCGAACUGUCCAGGAUGGAGGCGGCCAAGAUCUACGCAUUCGCUACGAAGAAGCAAUGUCAGCGCUGGAGCUCGUGCGUCCAAGCACAAUGCGAGAAAUCAUGAUUGAAGUACCCAAGGUCUACUGGACCGAUAUCGGGGGACAGGAAAGCGUCAAACAGCGACUCAAGGAGGCGAUCGAGUGGCCACUUAAGCAUCCACACGUGUUUGAGUACUAUGGCAUCAAGCCGCCCAAGGGCAUUCUCUUGUAUGGACCACCCGGCUGCAGCAAGACCUUGACAGCCAAGGCGCUGGCGACGGAAGCCAAGUUGAACUUUAUCGCAGUCAAGGGCCCGGAGCUCUUUAGCAAAUGGGUUGGUGAAUCUGAGAAGGCCGUGCAAGAGAUCUUCAAAAAAGCGCGGGCAGCUUCGCCGUCCAUAGUGUUCUUUGAUGAGAUCGAUGCGAUUGGUGUCCGUCGCGGCGGAGAGGACUCGGUCGGCGAUCGGGUGCUGUCGCAACUGCUUGGGGAAAUGGACGGCAUCGAGCCACUGGUCAAUGUCACUGUCGUAGCUGCCACCAACCGGCCCGAUAUUCUGGACAGUGCCCUGCUUCGACCUGGCCGCUUUGACCGCAUUCUCUAUGUGGCUCCGCCGGAUCUUGCCACGAGGCGAGAUAUUUUCCGCAUCCAGCUCCAGAAAAUGCCCUGCGCUGCGGAUGUCGAUUUGGAUGAGCUCGCACAGCUGACCCAAGGAUUCUCGGGAGCCGAAUGCGUCUCGGUGUGCCAGACGGCGGCCAUGAAGGCCAUGGAGGAAGACAUUGGCGUUGAUGCGGUCGGUCGCAAACACUUUGCAGAUGCCGCUCGAGCGGUCACCCCCCGCAUCACCCCGGAGAUGCUGGCCUUCUAUGACCAGUUCCGCAGCCGGUCGGGACUACGGAGCAUCUGAGCAGCAUCCGCAACAACACGCUGGAUUUCUGGUGAUCCCCAUUCCAAAUGUACAGCCAUUCCAAAUGGUAUAUUCCCUCCCAUGUAUAUGUAUCAUCUACACAUAUCAUCCACACAUAUCGUCCACACAUAUCAUCCACACAUAUCAUCCACCCGUACAUCCACUCUCACACGUACAUCCACUCUCACACGUACAUCCACUCCCACACGUAC